GGCCCAGUCUCACAAAAUGAACUUCAAUAGUGUAGCCUACUGUAGGACUUUGCAUAUUAGGCGCUCUCCUAGCACUAUUUCAACUUGUCACUCAGGUCGGCUGUCCGUUUAGAAUUGCAUUUGGACAUCUACCAGAGAGUAGCCGUGCGAAAUCGUUAAUCUGACAUUGCUACUGUAUUUUGAACAGAAUGAUACAGCCUACGUGACCAAGAAUCUGACUCUGAAAUCAAAACCGGGUGUCUACGGAUUUGCAGAAGCUCUCUGUCUGACGACAAACCCACGUCUAUUGAGAUGCUAACGUUAGUUAGCUUCAAUAUUCGUUGAAAACCUCUAGCUAGCUAACCAGGCGACCGGUAUCCAUUGUCCUUCAUUGCAUGCGUAGCUAGCUACCUGUGCAUGCUCUGCAUAAUGCAGGUAUUUCAAUAGCUCGUUGUUGUUUACUUGGACACAUUAACUGGCGACAGUAGACCCCACUGGCUAAACCACCUGCGCACACACGCCUCGAUAGGUGCCAGUGUCCGUUCUACCACACUGGACUAUCAGGGUCUCGGAUAGAUACCUGGGUCAACAACGUUGUCCUCCCACUUGAUGAAGAUGGAGGAAUAAUUAUCUGAGAACUACAUACCUGUCCUCACCUGAUGGACCUGUUGCCCAGGUUUAACAGGGGUUGUUCCAACUCAGCGGAAUAGACACCGGGCAGGUUCCCGUUCGCAAGAAGAGCUCCCUUUCGUUUCUAUCCGACUACCGGCUGAACAUGGAGUCGGGUGACAACAGCUCAACAGCCGAGCUCAUGAGUCGGUAUGUGUCUUUGGAACUCGGCUAUGGGGUACCGAAGGACGGCUGGCGGAUCUGCUUGGCUCAUGAGUUCAAGGAGAAAAGGAAGCCGUUUCAAGCCAAAGAUGUGUCCCUCUCCAACAUCGUUGAACACAUUGGCCUUGGAGUCAGGUAUCUCAAGUGGUGGUAUAAGAAGACUCAAAUAGAGAAGAAGGCUCCUUUCAUUGAUAUGUUCCGAGCCAUUCCCCUGAGGCAGAUCUAUGGUGCUCCUCUUGGCGGUAUUGGAGGAGGUACCAUCACGCGAGGCUGGCGGGGGGAGUUCUGCAGGUGGCAACUCAACCCUGGGAUGUACCACUACAAAACUGUAAUUGCUAACCAGUUCACGGUGUGCCUGCGUCGGGGCGGUCAGACGGUGUACCAGCAGGUGUUGUCAGUGGAGCGCCCCCCCACGCUGCAGGGCUGGAACUGGGGCUACUGCGGAGAGUACGCCUUCUACCACGCCUUGUACCCCCGGGCCUGGACAGUCUACCCCCUCCCUGGGCAGAAUGUCACCCUCACCUGUAGACAGGUGUCACCCGUCAUCCCCCACGACUACCAGGAUUCCAGUCUCCCAGUGGCAGUGUUUGUGUGGGACAUAGAGAACAAGAAUGACUACCCGCUGGACGUCUCAAUCAUGCUCACCAUGGUCAAUGGGUCAGGCCACAAGGACGACAAGAGUGGGGGCCACUGGAACGAACCAUUCCACCUGGAGAAGGCGGGGGAGUCCGUGUCUGGAGUUUUGCUUCAUCACUGCACCACAGUGAACCCCUACACUCUGUGCAUGGCAGCGCGAGAACAGUCUGACAGGGAGAUCAGUCACCAGACAGCGUUCAGUCCAAAGGGAACCUGUGGGGUGUUGUGGGGUGACCUCAUCGCUGAUGGACGGCUGGACUCCCCCACUGGUUCCAGUCCUCCCACCCAGAAGGGAGAGAAGGUGGCAGCAGCCCUGGCAGUGGGCUGUCCAGUGCCGGCUCAGGGCCACAACGAUCUGGAGUUUAGCUUGGCGUGGGACAUGCCUAACAUCACAUUUGGCUCCAGGGAGAGGGAACACGUCAGGAGGUACACGCGUUUCUUCGGUACCAAGGCGGACGCGGCUCCCUCUCUCAGCCACCACGCGCUGACACACUACAGACUGUGGGAGAGGAGUAUCGAGGAGUGGCAGAGACCCAUACUGCAGGACAGCUCUCUCCCGUCCUGGUACAAAUCGGCUCUGUUCAACGAGCUAUACUUCGUGGUGGACGGGGGGACGGUGUGGACGGAGCUGCCUGAGGACAGCGAUGUCAGUGGGGGGCUGCGGAGUGAAGACGGGGGGCUACCCGCCCAGCCUGCCAUCAUCAAGGAGUACGGUCGCUUUGCCUACUUAGAGGGUCAGGAGUACAGAAUGUAUAACACGUAUGACGUGCACUUCUACGCUUCCUUUGCACUUAUCAUGCUAUGGCCCAAACUAGCCCUCAGCCUGCAAUAUGACAUUGCUGGCAGUGUUGUUUCGUGUGACCUGACUGAAAGACUCCAUCUGAUGAGUGGCAGAAAUUCUCCUGUGAAGGUUAAGAACGUAGUCCCUCACGACAUAGGAGACCCAGAUGACGAGCCGUGGCAGCGUGUCAACGCCUACCUAAUUCACGACACGGCUGACUGGAAGGACCUGAACCUGAAGUUUGUCCUGCAGGUCUACAGAGACUUCCACCUGACCCAGGACACACAGUACCUCCAGGACAUGUGGCCCAUCUGCCAGGCCGUGAUGGAGUCAGAGAUGAAGUUUGAUACGGAUGGAGACGGUCUGAUAGAGAACUCAGGCUACGCCGACCAGACCUACGACGGAUGGACCGCAACAGGACCUAGUGCGUACUGUGGGGGUCUGUGGCUGGCCUCUGUGUGUGUGAUGUGUAAGAUGGCCAGGCUGGUGAACAAUGAGGCUGCCUUCCAGCGCUUCAGAGACAUACUAGACCGGGGGAGCGCCGCCUUCGACAAGCUGCUGUGGAAUGGCCAGUACUACAACUACGACAGUAGUGGGCAGGAUCUCUCCAACAGUGUAAUGUCAGACCAGUGUGCUGGCCAGUGGUUCCUGCGGGCAUCUGGAUUGGGAGAUGGCCAGUUUCAGGCCUUUCCUAAGGAGAAGAUUUGCAGUGCACUGAAGUCUGUGUUUGACCUGAACGUGAUGAGUUUCGCUGGGGGUCAGAUGGGUGCGGUCAACGGUAUGAGGCCGGAGGGGGUACCUGACCACUCCAGUGUCCAGUCAGACGAGGUGUGGAUCGGAGUGGUGUACGGACUGGCUGCUAUUAUGAUCCAUGAGGGUAUGUUGGAGGAGGGUCUACGUACAGCAGAGGGCUGCUACCGGACGGUGUGGGAGCGUCUGGGCAUGGCCUUUCAGACCCCGGAGGCCUACUGUGAGAAGGGCAUCUACCGCUCCCUGGCCUACAUGAGGCCUCUCAGCAUCUGGGCCAUGCAGCUAGCCCUGGAUACCUCACAACCACGAGACCAGGCCCCCAAGACCACCACCACACCUACUGACCAGGCCCCCCAGACCACCACCACUAUACAAACUGCGACGGAGGGAGAACCCGGACAGAAGGAGAGUCAGGACCAGGGUCACAUUCCGUAGUCUAAACGUUAUCGAAAGUAGCUGAUUGCACCACAGAGACUGAGUUGCUGGGACAGGGACAGAGGGGAUACCAGAGGAAGAUCUCAAGGCGAGAGAGGACAUGAGGAGUAUACAAUUGUCUCUUUCUCAAAACCCAUUGGAUGAGAAAGCCAGAGGUCCCUUCCCUCUGACCUUCUCCCAAUGGGUUUUGAGAAGGAGGGGAUGAGAGAGGACAUGAGAUUACAAUUGAAAUCUUCCCAAUGAGAGGAGAGUCUGGACCAGGACUAUGUUCAGAAGCCUAAAUGUUGUUGAAAGAUGCAUAUAGAACUGUUAUGAAUGGACCAGCGAUUAAUUAUUCUAUGUCAGAGAGGGGUGUUAGUUCUACGUAACAUAUUUAUAUCAGAAAAUGCCACAAUGUUGUGCCCUGCUGAACACAUCCCUGGACCAGACUGGUGUGGAUGAGGAGAGACCCCAAAAAAAGGGUUGUCCCAGAACUGAGGCAGUUGAACUGAAGAACAACAUUUGAUUCUCUAAAGAUUUCAAGUUCCAGAAUCUAAUGACUGAACCUUGCCCUCUGGCUGUCUGUCAUCUCAUUCUACAUGGAGUUUACAAUGCAACAUCCUGUUCCACUGGUUGUCUCUGUAGACACACACACACACACACAACCAUAAAUACUCAAGCUUACAUCUACAGAACAAAACAAGCUCAUAUGCAAAGUGUGACAAUGACACUGUAUAUCACUGUAGCAGCUAUAAUCAAAUUAGUCUUAAUUUGAAUGAGAAUGAAUAUGUUUAUAAUUUCAGACUUCGACUGGCAGGUUUAACCAAUGAUAGACAAGAGUCUAGAAGACUUAGAAUGAAGACUUGAUAAAAAUCGGUAUUUGAAGAUUGUUAUUCUUUAUUUCUGUUUGAAUGCUGUAUAAAGUGUUAAAAAA